AUUUAAACAGUAAGUGCAAAAAGUGGGUUUAAACUUGACAAGUUUUUCUCGUUUGAGUACACGUCUCAAAUCACCGCCUUCCCUGUGACAUCACUUUCAAGGGUUUUCACCUAAAGUAUAAACUUCCUCAUCCAUUUUAACCACAUUUUGUGUUCUUACAGACAGGGAACAUCUAUAGCAGGCUCACACUGACAGCAUCCCAUUACUCACGCCAACUGAAAAAAAUGGCAGAUAAUAACUAUGCAUUUUACAUACAUGGAGCCGAGGAACAAGUGUGUUCUGGAUACCUUUACAAAUCUCCGCCGGAAAAUCAGUUCAAGUCCCAGAAAUCUUGGAAAAGGAGGUUUUUUGUUCUUCUAAAGUACACGGAUAACAUAUGCCAACUUAAGUACUACAAAAAUGAAGAGAAGAACAAAACACUGGGAGACAUUGACUUGUCUAGAGUCACAUACAUGUUCUUGAACCCCGAGAUGCAUACAAUGUGGAAAUGGAUUCAUAACAACUUCAGAUGUCCUUCUUCGUGUGUAAUGUUUAUUAGAGUACCAGAAAGAGACUACUUCCUUAUAGGAGAAAACAGUUGGGAGAUGGACAAAUGGUCUACUGCUUUAUUUGACAUCUUAAACCAUCGUCCACACAGACUGUUGGAUCCCAAGACAUUUGGGUUGAAGAGACACAUCAGUGAACCUCUGCAAUCAGAAAAUGACAAUAAGCAGAAACCUGAGUGGGGUCAAACAAAAUAUGUUACACAUGAUCUGCCAUCAUCUGCGACCAAUGAACCCAUCUACAGUUCUCCGAUAAAACUGAAGAGUAUUAAGACUGAAAUAACAACAGAAAUAAAUCAUGAAAAUUAUGAAACGGAUGACCUUUCAGAAUAAAUAUAACAACUCAAGCUUCAUCCUCAACUCAAGCUUCAUCCUCAACUCCAGCUGCUACUGUCACAACAGACCAAC